CAAUGUGCUACCUUUACCCCUUGCUUCUCAAUUCUAUUGGCUCCACUUCCUAGUUUAUGGCUUUCCUAUUACUACGUCCUAACUCCAAUCAAUCUCUCCUUCAUGUUCAUAUUAAUCAUAUAUUUCCCCCCAUCACUCCACUCCAAUCACUUCUUUUCUCAAUCAUCUUCCACCAAACUUCAUUCCUCCACUUCUUUUUCUAAUGAUCCUUAUUAAUCAAUCUUCACUCCCUAAUCUUUGGAUUCCACAACCAUUUUACCCCCUUUUUAUCUGGAAAGUUAGCUAAAUUUCUCUAUUUCCCUACAUAAAAUUGUUACCAAAUCAUCUAGACCUAUUUCUAGCCUUUUAUAUGCCAUGGACCAAUACAUAAUAGAAGAACAUCAUGAGUGUGAAAUCCAAACACCUAGAGCUACUAGGAACGUUAUUUUUGGAAAAUACGAGAUGGGUAGGUUACUAGGCCAAGGUACGUUUGCUAAGGUUUACUACGGUAAAAACAUUGUUACAAACGAAAACGUUGCGAUUAAGGUCAUCAGCAAAGAGCAGGUGAAAAAAGCGGGGAUGAUGGAAGCAAUCGAACGUGAAAUCUCCGUUAUGAGAUUGGUUCGACACCCUAAUGUGGUUGACCUCAAAGAAGUCCUAGCUACUAAAGUAAGAAUAUAUUUCAUCAUGGAAUAUAUUAAAGGUGGUGAACUCUUUACAAAAAUAGCCAAAGGAAGACUUAAAGAGGAAUAUGCUCGUAAGUAUUUCCAACAACUUAUUAGUGCUAUCGAUUAUUGCCAUAGUCGAGGGGUGUCACAUCGUGAUCUUAAGCCCGAAAAUCUCCUUUUAGAUGAGAAUGAAAACCUUAAGGUUACUGAUUUCGGGCUUUCGGCUUUGCCGGAACACCUUAGACAAGAUGGUCUACUUCAUACUCAAUGUGGGACACCGGCAUAUGUUGCACCGGAGGUGUUAAGAAAGAAGGGAUAUGAUGGUGCUAAGGCUGAUAUUUGGUCUUGUGGGGUGAUAUUAUUUGCUUUACUUUCGGGUUUUUUACCAUUUCAGGAUGUUAAUUUGAUGAAAAUGUAUUGUAAGAUAUUCAAGGCAGAGUAUGAGUUUCCACCUUGGUUUCCUCCUGAGGCUAAGAGGCUUGUUUCGAAGCUCUUAGCUGUGGAUCCUAACCGAAGGCUAUCGAUUCAGGGGAUCAUGAGGCAACCAUGGUUUCGAAAAGAGUUUCAAUUGCCACUGUCUUCAUCUUCUCUUAUUCGUCAACCCAUUGAGAUUCAAAUUCCUGAUCACCAGCUUUUAAAGGAACCUAAAUUAACAUCUCCGCGAUUUUAUAAUGCUUUCGAGUUUAUUUCAUCCAUGUCAUCUGGCUUUGAUUUGUCUAGUUUGUUCGAAAAGAAGAUGAAAUCAGGGUCUAUGUUUACUUCCAAGUGUUCUGCCUCGGCUAUUUUGGUGAAGAUUGAAGCAUUGGCUAAGAAACUUAAUUUUCAUGUGAGUUCUAAGGAAUUCAAAAUAAAGAUGCAGGGGAAUUCGGAAGGCCGAAAAGGGAAGCUGUCCGUCACCGCAGAGGUGUUUGAAGUGGCGGCGGAGUUGGCGGUGGUGGAGUUUACUAAGUCUUCAGGGGACACGCUUGAGUAUGUUCAAUUUUGUGAGGAGGAAGUUAGGCCUUCUCUCAAAGAUAUUGUGUGGAGUUGGCAAGGGGAAACUAACUGCCAACUUAACUGUAAUGUUAACUGUAUUUCCUAGACUUUUACUCUAGGGAGGUGGGAACUGUGAAGUAGACAAGUACAACUAGUAUAUGAGAUUGAGAAUUGAGAGGUGAGUGUAAUUAUUCAAAAAACUAUCACUGUUGUUGUAAGAGAUGUCAUGGUUUUUGUAAAAUUGAAUUCCUUGACUUAUAGUGUGAAUAGAUCUCUCUCGUUUUCCGAUU